UAUUAGACGGUCACGAAAUACAAAAAACCGGAACCCUAGAAGCCGAUCGACAGCUUCGAUUGGUUGCAAACCGAUUAAAUCGCGAGGGAAGAGGCGGAGGGGAGAUGGAAGAAACGGGCCUCCGGUGGCCCUGGUGGGCUGCGGCCAGCUCCGCCCAACUGACAGCCGGGAUCGCAUGGUACCGGCGAGGUUAUUGCGGAAGCGGAGCGUCAAUGCCCUUCAAGGCCUUCGCCAUUGCAACCCUCUUCGUCGGUGCCGGCUCCACCGCCGUCCGCAGCGCUCUCCUCGCCGCUGGCAUCAGAACAGUUGACGACAUGAAGGAAGUCGGAGCUGGCUUGAGAAGAUGGAUGAGGACGACACCGGGAGCAGACUGAUUGCAAGGUUCAAAUUACUGUUUACUUCCAUUUGUUUGCCUUAUUACACUGCAACGUCCCCGAAGCCUGAUUGCAUGGGGAACUUUUCCAAGUGCCAAUAAGAUUUUGCUGCUUCUUGCAAA